AUGGGAGUUGAUUCUAUGUCCAAGUUAUUUCUUAAGCUUAAGAUGCUUAAGGUUCGGUUAAGACAGUUUAAUGUGGAAAAGUUUGGGGAUAUAUUAAAGAUGGUGCAUGAAAAGAUGAUGGAGUUGGAAAGUGUUCAGUUGGGGAAUUUUGUAGAUGGAAAUUUUUCUGUGGCAUUGAAUGGGGAUUUAGUUGGCUAUUUUGAGGGUGCGCAGGGUGUCAGGCAAGGAGAUCUUUUGCCUCCUUUUCUAUUUGUUUUAUCCAUGAAUGUCCUGCCCAAGAUGUUGGAUGUUGCUGCUGGCCAUGGGUUUUUCAAUUAUCAUCCCAAGUGUCAUAGAAUUAAGCUUACCCACCUUUGCUUUACGGACGACUUUUUGAUCUUCUCGAAGGGUAGUUGCGACUCAAUGAUGGUAGUUUGGACUAUUUUGGAACAGUUUUAUGAGUUCUCUGGUCUUAAAUUCAAUGAUACCAAAAAUAAAAUUUAUUCCACCGGGAUUGGUGAGAGCAAGAUGUAUGCUAUUGUGGAAGAAACGGGCAUAAGGUCUUCUAGUCUUUCGGUGCAUUACAUGGGGAUUCCUUAG